AUGUUAAAAGGAGAAAAGUAUAUGUUCAAUUUCUACAAGUCAGGGGAUAUCCUGAUUGGCGGAAUCAUAUCUACAUCUUAUACUAAACUUCAACCGUACAUUUUCUGCAAGCCCCCCACCAACAGUUUUUUAAGUCUGUAUAUGAGCUACUGGCACGUCCUGCCUUUCCUCUUUGCCAUUCAUGCGAUCAGACAGAAUCCAAAGAUGUUACUGAACAUCACCCUGGGCUACAACAUCUAUGAGAACUUUUUCAAUGCAAGAAUAACAUCCGAUGCCAUGAUGGAUUUGCUAUCCAUGGGGCAGGAGAAUGUCCCAAACUACAGUUGUGGAAGACGAGAACAUACAUUGGCGGUGCUUGAAGGGACUGAUUCUGAGCUCUUCAAUCACAUUUCAACCAUGCUGAGCAUCUACAAAAUCCCACAGAUCAGCUAUGGGGUCAUCAGCCACAUUCCUGAGCAGAAACAGCAUUUCCCUUUCUUCUACCGGCUGAGUCCAAAACAAGAGCCUCCUCACUUGGCGAUUGUCAAACUGCUCCUGCAUUUCCGAUGGACGUGGAUCGGCCUCGCUGCUCCGGACAAUGAAAGUGGAGCAAGGUUCAGGAGUUCUUUUGUCAUUGAGGCCAUCAAGAAAGGGGUUUGUGUUGCCUUCUCAGAAAGCAUCCCUCUGGCUGUGGCCAGAGUCCUCCAUGCUGCCUAUUCCUCCCACCUGAGUCAGAGAAGGAUACAGCUUGGGGAUUAUCUGGUACCACAGGUGGUACAGCCAUGGCAGCUUCAUCCUUUUCUAAGAAACUUCCAGCUUUACAAUAUUUCCAUGGACGGCAUUUAUUUGGAUGAGGAGAGAAAUCCUGUUGCUGACUUUGAUCUUAUGAACUGGGCAGCAUUUCCCAACAAGUCUGCUGCUCGAAUGAAAAUUGGGACUAUAGAAAGAGAAGCAGAUUCGGAAGUCAAGCUCUCCAUCAAUGAGAGUGCCAUCAUAUGGCCUAUGUCAUUUAACCAGAAAGUGCCUUUCUCGAGGUGUACUGAAAGUUGCCUCCCAGGAUACACCAAGCUCAGGAGAGAGGGAGCACCUGUUUGCUGCUAUGACUGUUCUCCGUGUAUGGAAGGAACAAUCUCCAGACAGGAAGAUGCAGCCGAAUGUAAAAAAUGUCAAGAUGACCAGCAUUCCAAUAAGAAGCAAGAUCAAUGUGUCCCCAAAACUGUAAGUUUCCUGUCCUAUGAUGAAAAGCUAGGUCUCAUCCUGGCUCUCAUUGCUUCUUUUUUGUCUUUAACUACUGCCUUCAUUCUGGGAAUCUUCAUUAAAUACCGAGAGACUCCCAUAGUCAAAGCCAACAACCGGGACCUCAUCUACAUUCUUCUGGCCUCCCUCUUGAUUUCCUUCUUGAUUGCCCUUCUAUUCAUUGGUCGCCCCAAGAAAGUGACCUGCCUUCUUCGACAAACCACCUUCAGUGUUGUUUUCUCCGUUGCUGUGUCUUCCUUGCUGGCCAAGACUGUCAUGGUGGUGGUAGCCUUUCUGGCCACAAAGCCAAGUAGCAAGAUGAGGAAAUGGCUGAGGAAGAGUCUGGCCAGCUCCAUUGUCUUGUCCUGCUCUGGGGUUCAAGUGGGUAUCUGCAUGAUAUGGCUGGGAAUCUCACCUCCAUUCCCAGAUAGUGACCUGCAUUCCCAGGUAGGACAGAUCCUGCUGCAAUGCAAUGAAGGCUCAGUCACCAUGUUCUUCAGUGCCCUUGGCUACAUGGGCUUUCUGGCUGCCAUCUGCUUCUUGGUGGCUUUCCCGGCCCGGAAGCUGCCAGGGACCUUCAACGAAGCCAAGUGGAUCACCUUCAGCAUGUUGGUUUUCUGCAGUGUUUGGCUCUCCUUUGUCCCCACCUACCUGAGCACCAAAGGGAAAUACAUGGUGGCUGUGCAGAUCUUCUCCAUCCUGGCCUCCAGCCUGGGCUUACUGGGCUGCAUCUUUAUCCCCAAAUGCUACAUCAUUAUUUUGAGACCUGAUAUGAACACCAAGGAGCAUCUAAUGGUGAAAAGCAAUGAGGGCUCUUGA